AGAAAGUAUUCUUAAGCCAAGCUACUUCUCUAGCUUUCUUUGCAGAAUCACUCAAUCAACAGAAGAGAAAGCAGCAGAGAAAGAAAAAGACAAAAUGGCACACGUUAGAAAGAAGUUUAUUGAGAUUCUGGAAAAAGCAAUGGAAGAGGGUGAAAAGAUGACUCGAGAAGAGAUGCUGUUUACUUAUGAUGGGGUUGUAUACCCUACUGCUCUUUGCAGUCCGGAGGUCUUCAAGGCUCUCGAAUCCUUUGAAGCAAGGAGUGAUGAUGUCAUGCUAGCUGGAUACUGUAAAUCUGGUACUAACUGGGUCGGCCAAAUAGUUACAGAUUUAGUAAUAACAUCUGCAAAGAAACAUGAACCACACAAGCUGAAUGAAGAACUUCUGCUGGCAGAAUUUCCCUAUCUUGAAAUUGGAGAUACUGAAAAAUACAAGAGGAUGAACACCUAUCCCCCAAGGAGAGUUAUGUUUACUCACCUACGUGCUGACAAGCUUCCAGCAUCUGUCAUGAAAAAUAAAGCCAAAAUACUGCUGCUGCUUCGGAAUCCAAAAGAUGUAGCUGCAUCUUUUUUCCAUUUUUCAAACAAUUUUUCUCCAUAUCCUCCUUAUGACAACUUCGCUGACUACUUCCAAGCUUUAAUGAAAGGACAAAUGCCCUGGGGAAGCUAUAUUGAAUAUCUUUGUGUGUGGAACAACUAUAUUGAUAAAGAAAACGUCAUGGCAGUAACAUAUGAAGAAAUGAAAAAGAACACAGCUGCAGGAGCCAAACAGAUAGCUGAAUUCUUAGACCUGAACCUAAAUGAUGAAGAUAUUCAUGGUGUUGCAGAGAGGAGUACUUUCAAGUCUAUGAAGGAGAAAUCCAAAACAACUCAUGGUGAAUUUGGAGAUGUCCUUUUCCGUAAAGGUGGUGUAAGUGACUGGAAGACACUUUUCAAUGAAGAAAACAAUCAGGAAAUGGACACAGUAUUUAAAGAGCGUUUAGCAGCAACCAAAGUGGGAGAAAAGAUAAAAUAUGAUGUUUACUGCAAGUCUUGAAGACUGAGCAAGAGAGAUAGCAUUUGGGAGGGAACUUAUAAAUGUUCAUACAUGAUCAGAAGAUAGCAAGAUUGAGCUUUUUGAACACAUUUAGUAAUAAUCAUAAUUUUCCUUUAUGUGAAAGAGCAGUAGAAAUCAUAUAUAGUUUUUCCUAUUACAACUUUUACCAUGAUUAAGCUACACAUAUAUACGGAUACUCCAAUUCUAUUCAAUAAAUACCACAUUAUUCUUUCAGAUAUAUAACCUAGGUUAUACUUUGAUUAGUCUUUUCUACAUAUGCAAGCCUUAAAAAUUACAGGCAGGCUAAAGCAAUGAACGACAGGCAGACUAUACCAACACACACAUAGGAAUAUAUCUAUGUAUCUAUAUAUUUACAUGUACAUUAAAGCUGUUAAAGUCGAUUUUGAAUGAAAACUUUUUAAACACUGCCAUACAGUAAGGUCUGUUAAACAAUAUAAAUGGUCACAAAAGAAAAUAAAUAAAUAACAUUUUCCAAAAUA